AUGUCUGUUAUGGAACCUGCAGAUUCGGGAGGCGGUGCUUCAAAAAAGAAUCUGCAGGUCAAUAUUUUUUAAAUUCUGACGUGACUGUCCACAAUACUAUUUCAUUUCUUUAUUGAAUUGUUUAGGUGAUGCCGAAUGUUACUGAAAUUGGAUCAUGGGCCCUGAUGAUGGCGGAAGAAGAGGUAUUUUUGUUUUUUGUUCAUUUAUUUAUUUUUUGCCUUUUUGACUUUUUGAAAACCCUGUGAUUUAAAAGAAACGCUUAAUUUCGUUUGAUAUUUUUGGAUGUCAAUAAAUUGAUUUUAUUGUCACGAAAAAAGGGAGACUUCUUUUUCAAAAAUUACGGUCCGUUUUUUUAUACGCCUUGGAAUCAAAAAUAGGAAAUAGAUCUGAAUGAUUCUGAUGAGAUACAUUUAGUUAACCACAACACAAGGUUCGUGUGAAGACGUGUCAUCAUCUCAAGACGUUACCGAUGGACGAGAAGGAUCUACGGAGAAGAAAAAGAAAAUUCCCGACUCUCCUCCUUUUCUUGCCCAGGUUUAAUUUUGCCAAUAAUUUCUAGAGACAAAUAAAAGAACAAUUUUUUAGAAACUUUUUGCAGGUCGCUAACAUCUCAGUAACCCACGACGAAGAGGAGCUCUUGUAUUAUUUUGGAGGAGAAGAAGAGGUACUUGAUAGUUUUGAAAAGAAUUGUACGAUCCCCUAGAGAGAAAAGUUUUAGUAUUGAGAAAAAGGAUCAAAAAUGUUUGAUAUUCCAGUUUUGCUUUUAUUGUGCUAUUUCAUCAGUGCGAUAAAAUAUUUCAAGUUCAACAUUUAUCUGAAUGAAGAUAAUGUCCCUUAUUAGUGUCGUACAUGGGAAGUAUUUUUAGAAAAAGGAAAAAAAUGAGAGUUUUUUUCAUAUAUUUUAUAUUCGAAUCGCUUUAUUUCAAUAAAUUUCAGGUUUUUUUAAAUUUGAGCGCAUUCAGCGAUUUUUUUAUUUACAAACGAAUGGAAAAAAGAAAGAUUUUUUUAUUGAGUUAUUUUUUUGUUUAGGUGAAGAGCCUGGAGAUGAGGCAAGCCAAAGGCAACGCCACCUUUGAAUUCCACACCCAAAACGGCUUACUGAUGGCUCUGCAAAAGCACGGCGAGGAGUUUCAGGGCAGAACGCUCCAUGUCCGUUUUUCUGUCAAUUUUGUAGCAAAACUUCGGGUUUUUUUUUUCUAAAAAUUACUUUUUGUAGGUUUACGUGCAGAGAGAAGAACAUUCGCGUCCUGCAAGAGUGUCGGAAGCGCGAUUUUCGUCGAAUCGCGACUCGGUAGGCAGUCGCGACGAUCGUCACGGAUACAAUCGCAACAACAGUCGCUACAACAGCCAGAACAGUCUCAACGACGGUCGCCAUGGAGGGUAAUGUUUAUGUGAAAGAAAAAUAUAGCGCAUCCUUCUUUGGAUGCCGUCAAAAACAAAACCAACGAAGUUUGGGCCUCUACUAUCUGUGCGCUGUUUUUUUUUGUUCUGCCAGCACGCUCGAAAUUAUAACGAACCUUCAAUUAAUGAUCAAAAUCAACUUUAACUCGGCUCUAUGUGAAUUGAAUCUCUCAUUUUCGACAUCAACCGAAGUCUUUCUGAAGUUUUAUUCAGAUUUUCUUCAUUUUAUCUUUCUUAUUAAGAUACUUGAGAAUGAAAAUUAAUUACAGAGCUGUAGAAAUCAGCUUUUUAACGAAUUUUUUUAACGGAAAAAAAGUUGAAAAACAUGAAGAAACGCGUGCGUCAAAGAAUAAUUUAGAAAAAAAAUUCAUCAUAAAGUUAUCAAUGCCGAAAUCUAUCGAAUUCAUCGAUGAGUUUUUUUGCAGACAUUACCAUCAACGGGAUUAUCGCGACAAUCGCGGCCCGCAGAACAACUACAACACGAUGCCGGCGAAUUUCCGUCGUGGUGAGUUUUCAGACGUUCCUAGAAAAAUGAAUAGCCUGAUUCCCGUUAGAUAUUGUGUUUAACAAGUUUAUAUUGUAGGAAAUUAAAUAGGUCCACUUUUUCGAAGAUAUUUUGCUGAAACUAGGAAAGACGUUCGAUUUGGCAAACUUUCAUUAGAUUUUGAGUGGAGUCAUUUUUUGAUUGUUUGAUGCAGUGUACCUAAUUUAUUGAACUGGAACAUUUUUGAAAAAAACUAUGGUUUUAUUGAAAUCCGACUCUCAAUGAAAACAUGUUUCCUCUCCAAAAUAAUUAGUUAUAGGAUUUUAAAUCAGAUUUUUUUAGGCGGCGGUUACAACAUGCACGACCGCGAUGGCGGAUAUUCUGGACGCAGCAGUUUCCGAAAACCCUUCUUCGUAUGUAUUCACUCGAGAACUCUGCCAAAAGUGUAGAUCUUCAGCCAAACAACUACGGGAACGACUAUGGCGAUCGUGGAGGUUUCGUCGGGGAGCUCCAACGCAGCGAAAGUUAUCAUUACGAACACCAGAAUCAAGAACAACGUCCUGCGCCAAUUAGGUUCGUCACCGUCAAUUGUCAUUUCAAAAAAGAAUUUCAGUUUUCAAGGUUUUUUUUUUUGAAACUUUUGAAAUCGGACAGAUAGGAAUCUUUCCUCAAAGUCAUGUUCAUUAUUAUGUAAGCCUGAUAUGAAAAUGACGAGAUUAUACAUACUUGUUCAGUUCAACGCCUUUUUUUUUGAUUAUUUUUAAAUUAGCCUAAUAUUUGAGAUUUUUUAUUUGGACUUAAUCAAAGAAACUAAACGAAAAGACAGUCAGGAUAAGCAUUUGCAGUAUUUAGAUCAUCCGGGUGAUCAUGCGAGACGAGGAUUAGAGAUAGUGGUUCCUGAGUUUAUUUUCUAUCAUUAUCUCGAGAACGAAAAGUUUACCCAGAUAGCAACCACACACAUUCGAUUAGCAGUCUAUCCAAGAGUAUUCAGGAAAAUUUAUAGAAAUUUCCAAAUCCUACGCUGGAAGGUCUCCCUAUGUUAGCAGUGAUUUUUGAAGUUUGUAUUUUCGACGGCUUUAGUGCCCGCUCUCGAACUGAGUCGACGCAAAUGGAAAGGGACAACUACUCUCGAGCAAGCUCCCGAUUAUCUGUCAACGAAGCGCCGCGGGUAGGACGGUUUCUCGAAUCAUUUGCUAUAUCUUUCCAGGUGCCGGCUGUGAAGAAACCGAGCAAUCGUGACAUUUUUGGCGAUGCAAAGCCCGUCGACACUCAAGCCAAACUGCGAGAGCUCGAGGAGAAGCAGAAGAAACGCGAGCAGGAAGUUUGUUCAGUUCUCCAUCUGAGCAUAUCAUUUUUUGAAAAUCUCAUUGUUUUUAUCAAUCAAAUUAUGGAGCAGAACGAUCUAUCGAAUGGUAGAAAACUUCAGAAAAAGUAGUUUAGCGUCGUGUCAGGUUUUGAAAUCAUGAACACCUAGGGAAUACGUAGAUUAAAGCGGACGAGCGUUGGUCAAGUCGUCUGCCUUCGAAGCUUUGCGUAUCCUCCUUUUGAACUCACAAAAAGAAAAAAAAAACACUUUUGUUACUUUUGGAUUCCGCUGUAUCCGUUAUGUUUAUUGAUAUCUAAAGAACAUGGUUAAACAUUGGGAUGAAAAAAUGAGAGUCACUUGGUAGAACGCCUGUUUCUGAAUACUAUAAAGGAAUAUCUCAUGAAUAAUAAUUUUUAUUUUAUUUCUAAACCUCGUUAAUACUCUUUACACGUGUGUAAAAAGUCUCAGCUUUUUCCUUAUCAUUCUAUCAGUUGCACAAAGAAAAUUCCAGGAACUGGAAAAACAAAAAGAAGCACAAAGGCUAGCCGCUGAACAACAACAUUCCCUGCCUCUUGAACAUCACGAACAUCCCAAUUAUUCUGAUCGUAGAUCCCACGACAUGGUAACGUUUUCCUUGUGAAAGUUUCACAAAAGUUUCAAAUCCAGCCGCCCAAUGACUACAACCAACAGCAGCACCAUGUCGGCUAUAACAAGCAGCGAUAUGACGGCGCUCCUGGGAGCGUUUCGUUAGUGUUUAAAAAACAUUUCCGCUCUAAAAUGUGCCUUUGAUAGGAUCAAAAAGAGGCCGUCAGUGGAAGUUGAAAAUGGAGUUUCCAAUAGUUCACGCGAUAGCUUCGACCGCACCUCAGGCAGUCAUCCGAUGGAUCCGGCUCAUAGACCUCCUAUCGCCCCGCCUGUCGUCGAAAAAGUCUGGAUUUGCGUGUACCAAGAGUACACAUAUAAUUUAGCGCACACGAAUAACUUUUUUUUUCAAUCUGAUUUCAGGCGAUUGAGUUGAAAAUUUUUUCUUUAAGCUCUAAAGAAAGAGAAAAAUACUUUUUACAAGCUUUGCAAACGAUCAACCUUAAAAAAAUUUUUUUUUGUUAGAAAUUGAAAGUCUUAGAAGUUAUAGAGAAUCCCGCAACAAUAAAGUGUUACAUAUUUUUUUGCGCCAGUUAGUUCUUUCGAAUAAAGGCGUGACUAUAAAUAUUUUCUAUAUUUGAAUAUUUUGAAACCCAAGUUUCUUAAGAUUUACUCGUAAUUCAACUUAUGUCAGGUUUUGUCCUUCUGCAAAGAAGGGAAGUCGAAAAUAGAAUUGAGCCAAACUUUAUCGGAAAUGUAGAAAAAUAAAGCGGGAGAACAUCUAUAAGGAAUGAAUGAACGUGAAUAUGAUAUUGUAUAUUGCACUAACGAUGAUCAAACAGAAGUCAGUUGAAAAUCAAUCGGAAGCUACUUUUGCAGUCUGUCGUGUCGGAAUUGCCUCCGUUGCCGGCCUCGGCGUCGUCAUCAGGCCAUCGGAAGUCGACACCGUCAGCGUCCAAAGAUUCUAUUGGACACAGCCACCAGAAGAAGCAUGUUCGACCCAGUCCCACAGUCUACGCACCUCAUCGCGGAGGGACCGCGCCUCUCCAGAAGAGCGCCACGAUGGGACAAAUCGGCGAGAGACGGGAGAGAGCAGCCGGAGACGCGGCUCCUGUCGAGGAGUUCGACCAGACUCGCUCCACACAAGACACCGCAAAGAGCAGGUUUGCUUAAUUUUAAAAACAUACGUGAAUAAUCCCAAAAAACAAAAAGUUAUACUCGUGAUGUAAUUUGAGUGAAAAUGGGAAUCAGCUUAAUAUUUCUUUUUGGCUACAAAUCUAAUAUAACGCACGGAAGUACCAAGUUUUAGGGGCAGUUCUAAGGCAAAGCGGGCGACUUUUGGUGCGAAAGUUCCUUACCAAAACAAAGGAGACCGGCGGUCCAGCUUUUCUGGUAGCGAGAAGAACGUAGGCUACUGGGAUCAGACGCCGACGGAUAAAGUCAGAGACCGGAAAGGCUCACAAUCGGAUCGGUCCGAGAAAAAGGCAUUUGUCUGGCGUUUUUGUCUUUGUUCACGCCUCUUUCCAGGAGCAUCAUGGUUCGCAAGCGUCCCUGCGAAGUGGUCAGAACUAUGUCGGAGGUCGAGGUCGCGGCAGGGGAAGAGGUCGAGGAGGACCCGACCACCACGGCAAGCACCACCCUCCGCGUACCAAUGUCCACACAGAAGCAGAGGUUGGCGACACUGAAAAAUGAGAAAUAUCAAAGUUUGAUAGACUUGAAUGAUUAACUUUAGUCGCAAGCAAAAGUUUUCCUUAUAGAAAGUCAUUGUUCAUUCUUUAACAGAGUUCAUGCUUUAAUAGCUUUUCAAGAACAAAUGGGAUUUUUUUAAAGAUUGAAAUUUCUAAUUUUUUUGACCAGUUUAGCUCAAAAAAUUCGAAAGAAACGAAUGAGGAUUGAAGAAAAAUUAUCGUUGCUUUGCGAUAAUGAAACGUUAAUAUUUUACUACAACCAACUGAAAACUUAGUGUAUUCGAGGAAUUUUAUUAUUCCAGUGUUUCACAUUUUGAAUACGAUUCCAUUCGAGGAUUUUUCAGUCGAAGCCUGCCGAAGCAGUAAAUGUCGAAGCAACGCAGAAACUCGUCACAGAGACGAAGGAAGUGGCAACGAAGGAGGUUGAGGCUUCCGAAUCUGCGGCUGCUGUGAUCACGCCAUCGGAAGCAGGCAAGAAGAAGGACAAGAAGAAAGAGAAAAAAGUUGAGUUUUGGCCUUAGAUCCAAAUUAAGUGGGAGGUUUGAAGAAAGACAAGGACUCGAAAGGCGGUAAACAUCUGGCCGGUAAUAAGUUCGCGGCGCUGCUCGAUAUCGAGUGA